UGUAACCUCACUUUUUAUACAAGCGCUAUGGUUAUGUUAAUGAAACAAAUUUUAAAAUGCAGCAAAACUGCUUCUUGUAUGCGACAUUAUUCAAAUCGAAACAUUUUAAGACUGAAAGAGCGAGGAAUGUUCCAAGACAUUUUCCCAGACACAGCGACAAACCCGGUGACGGAUUUAUUGAAUGCAGCCCCACAACAUGUUUAUGCCGGAUUUGACCCCACCGCUGACAGUCUUCAUAUCGGAAAUUUACUGGUUCUUAUUAAUUUAUUACACUGGCAGCGUGGUGGCCACCAACCCAUAGCACUGAUCGGGGGUGCAACCGCCAAAAUUGGCGACCCAAGUGGCAAGACUUCAGAAAGAGAAAAAUUAGCAAGUGUGUUUGUUGAUGAGAAUGUGAUAGGAAUUAGGAACAACAUAGAAAGGAUUUUUUAUAAUCACGAAAAAUACCUAUGGAAGCAGAAAGAAAAACUGGCUCCUUUAACAAUCGUCAAUAACGAAUCAUGGUAUAGUAAAAUGUCACCCAUUGACUUAAUUGGAGGUGCGGGUCGAUAUUUGAGAAUGGGAACAUUAUUAAGCAGAACAAGCGUUCAAACACGACUUCAAUCCCCAGCUGGCAUGAGCUUUACUGAAUUUAGUUACCAAUUGUUUCAAGCUUAUGAUUGGCUGCAUCUAUUUAAGAAAUACAACUGCUCAUUUCAAAUUGGUGGAAAUGAUCAAAUGGGUAAUAUUAUGUCCGGACACGAACUCAUCAGUAAAACAUGCAACAAACAAGUUUAUGGUCUAACUGUUCCAAUAAUUACAAGUGAAAUGGGCGACAAAUUCGGAAAAUCGGCUGGAAACGCCAUGUGGCUCUCCCCCGAGAAGACCUCUCCUUUCACUCUCUACCAAUUUUUCGUCCGUCAGGUUGAUACUGAAGUAGAAAAAAUGUUACAGUUAUUUACAUUUGAUCCAAUUGGGAGUAUAAAAGAUCUCAUGAGACGCCACAAUGAAAAACCUGAAUUGCGACUACCUCACAAACACCUUGCUGAACAAGUGGUGCUAUUAGUACACGGUGAGAAGGGUUUAGCAGCUGCACAAAGAGCGACAAGAGCUUUGUACGAACGAAGCAUUGCUGCACUUUCUGAAAUGAACCCAUCAGAAAUAAAAAGUUUAUUUGAAGGAGCCACAGUUGUAGAAAUUUUACCAGAGCCCGGACAAAGUGUACUGGACUUGGCAAUAAGGGUUGGUUGUUUUCUUACUAAAGAAGAUGCAGUCAGAAUCAUUUCUGCUGGGGGUUUUUACAUCAAUCACCAAAAAACAAACAAUCCUAGUGAAGUUUUAAACUUAAAUGUUCAUAGAUUAAGCAAUAAUGUAACAUUACUUAGAGUAGGUAAAAGGAACUAUUAUGUAGUGAAAUGGCUUUCAUAAUAAAAUUUAACAUUUAA